AUGGAUCAGUCCUGGGACACCGCCAUUCCUCCAGAAACGUGUCCGAAAAACACCCACCGCGCUCCCGCAGACUCCGCGUCAGACCCGGGGCCGGAGCCAACACUUUUACGCACCACUUUUUUUUGUUUUUACGCGAAGACGGAGAAGCAGCAGAGAUGCGGAGUAAUCCAACUGCGGCUGCGGAGUCCGGGCCUCGGUGUCGGGCUGCGGUGUGAGCCGGAGCCUGGUGAAGGAGCGGUACAUCCACAGUCACGACAGAGUUUGGAGGAAAAGAGGCCGAAAGAGGAGAAGGAGGAGGAGGAGGAGAAGGAGGAGGAGGAGGAGAGCGGCAGGAGAGGACUGAGGGCUCAGGAGCGGAGCAGGGGAAUAGUUGUGGUCAGAGAGACGCCCUCCUCCCCCUCGGCCCUCCCCCUCCGCUCCGCUCCUCCCCCUCGGCCCUCCCCCUCCGCUCCGCUCCUCCCCCUCGGCCCUCCCCUCGGUCCUCCCCCUCGGCCCUCCCCCUCGGCCCUCCCCUCGGUCCUCCCCCUCGGCCCUCCCCCUCCCCCUCGGCCCUCCCCCUCCGCUCCGCUCCUCCCCCUCUCCCUCAUUGGGCAGAGACGCGGGGAAAGGCCACAGACCGAGUCCAGUCCAGGUCCGGGAGUCUCACCAAAACAAAAGUACAAAUAA